AUGUAUCAGUACUAUAGUGAGCUAUAUCAAUGGUCUGUGUUGCAAGGUGUUAAAAGCAAUGGGAUGAGCCAAAGCUCAAUUGGCCAUGUGAUCCUCACUUCAAGCCAAGACUUGCCCAGUGGUGUAACCAACAUCCAUUUUGCUCACAUCAAGGAGAUGUCUCUAUCUCAUGAUUGCCUGCAACAAUUGCGCAACCCGGCUGUGAUUGCCGGAUUCAGCGGAGACCACAGAAUAAUGGAAGUUACUGUAGGUCUUACUCAUUUGGACUAUUUAGCAUGUGUCCCAAUACACAUAUUGGCCAAGAUCUUACAUUAUUUAAGUCCUCAAAAGAUGAAUGUAGUGGGCCAAUGGACAGAGGAGGUUGCUGUUGGAAUUAGCAACAAGUAG